GAAAGGCUGUACUUGCAUUUUGACGCUAUUCUCUCCUUUAGGUUGUUGCAGUCAAGCUGCCUCCAGAGGCUCCUUAUCGUCCACUGAACAGCCCCACAUUGAUGAGCUGGGCCCCAUAUCUUGUCCCAGUGUUGACAUCACCACCAGACAUGGCAGUGAAACUAGAAGAAUAUCCGUGCCGAUUUGAGAAGUUGGCUUGAAAGGACAUAUAGAUUGGCAGAGGGCACAGUGCGGAAGACACGAACUUCACCUCCAUCAAAUUUCAGAUUACAACCUGCAAACAAUGGGCAUUUGGAUUUCCCGAUUGAUGGCCGUUUUCGGCGAGAGGGAAGCCCGAAUUCUCGUCCUGGGACUCGAUAAUGCUGGGAAGACUACUAUCCUUUAUCGCUUGCAAGUUGGAGAGGUUGUCUCUACCAUCCCAACCAUCGGGUUUAAUGUUGAGACAGUGACAUACAAGAACAUCAAGUUCCAGGUCUGGGAUCUUGGGGGACAGACCAGCAUCAGACCCUACUGGCGGUGCUACUAUCCCAACACGCAGGCCAUCAUCUAUGUAGUGGACAGCAGUGACACAGAGCGCAUUGGCACUUCUGCCGAGGAGUUCCAUGCUAUUCUGGAUGAGGAAGAGCUGAGGGAUGCCCUCAUUCUUGUAUAUGCCAACAAACAGGAUCUACCUGGAGCACUGGACGAUGCUGCAGUGGCUGAGGGCUUGAACCUGCACAGCAUCAAGAAUCGCGACUGGGCAAUCUUUAAAACUUCAGCCAUCAAGGGAGAGGGAUUGUUUGAAGGCCUGGACUGGCUGUCAAACCAGUUGAAGACAAGGAAGCGAUGAUGCCUAAAUCAGAAGCUUGCAGCUGCCAGCAGUGCGGCACUGCCGUGGUUGACAUUAGAAAGGCAUCUGUGGGGCAUAUUUUCUUGAAAUUUCAUGUUGUGCGCAUAACCAGAGGCCCGGGGCGGGGGCAUAUCAGCCGGAUAUGAGGUAGGGAAGCAAUGUUGCCGGGCAGAAGAUUCCAGCUUUGUUCAUUGCCUUCUCAAAUGAGGAUGGGUUGCAUUCUAUAGUUUGUUGGCUAUGAGACUGAUAAGGGAAGCCCACACUAAAAUGGCCUCAGCAGCAGUGAUCGGAUCCACGUCCGAGGUGUACGGUAUCCAAGCAGUAAUUCUGGCGAGCCUGUAAUUUUGUGUACGG